CAUUUUGAUAUAUUCGUGUAUUUCGGCGUAAUGCAUUUGAAUGAAUAUUUUAAUAAAAUACACUAGUUUAAAGGGCGAAAAAGUGUUAAAAAUGUUAUUGAAAGGUGCAGAAACAAAAAGAGURAAAAAGUUGUUUCGAAAUGUUAAUAGUUUGAGUAAAAAGUGUGUUUAAAGAAAAGGACCGUAUCGCAAGUGAAAAAUUUUCAGACGACUACAUAAAAAUUUGUUCGUGUCCCGAAAGCCAAGCGUUUCUUCGGUCUCGUGUAUUCCACUCAUAUAAAGGAAAAAAGAAAAUCGAAAAUUUCCAACUUUCCCCGUGAAAAACUGUGAAAAAAUUCAAARACUUUAAUAGCGUAAUGAUUAUAGAAAAUCUAGAAACCUAUUACAGGAAUGGGAUGGUUGAAAGUGAGCAAAAUAUAGCAGUGUAUUUGAGUUGGUUUUGAAAAAUUGAAACUGUUUAUGUGAAAGUGAUUACUACUAAUGGAUAUGAAGAGUUUUGCAAUCGUUUUUAAACACUUCAUAUUCCAAUAGUUUAAACGAGCAAAGAUAGGCAGGUGCGGCUAGAUACAAAGUUUGCCUGCCAUUAAAUAUAUCAUACAAUUGUUGGAUUAUUUCAAUGAAUCGUCUGCGCAAACAUUAAUUGCCGAACAGCCUCCGGGUGGAGUCCUCGUCAUAAGUUUGAUAUAGCUUGGAGUAUAGAACUUGGAAGAGGGGUUUACACUACCCUCGUUUCCACAUUAAUUGCAAAAUUAAGUAGAGAAUAAAAGUAGUUGGUGCCGACAUUACGCACUAAUAAAAGUCAUCGACGAAUUGAAAAGUGAAAAAGAAGCAGACGAAAUAAAUGCAAGGCAUAGACAGAAUAAGCAAAAGAAAAGAAACUCGUUGUGUUUUCUUUUUAAUACAACGUUCGCAGUAUAAUCGCUUGGCAGAAGUGAAGCAAUCAUCGAAGGUGGUCAUCGUAGCUGUAUGGUAAUUGUUAUUGCAAUCGUCACUGUGUACUUAUUUAUGUCUCCCUCACACCUAUUGGCGAGUAAUGGUAAAAAAGCCGCAUGCGAGUAGGAUACAUAGAAAGUGAGUAGGGAACAACGAAAAACAAAACAAAGUACGCAAAGAACAGAAACAGAUAUUAAAGUCAAAAACGACGAAUAAUAGGAAGAAGCAGAUUGUGAAAAGUAAAGCAAGACAAWGCAAAGUAAAAACAGAGCUGUUGUCUUAUUCGAAAUGUUUUUGUAUUGAAUUGGUGAAAAUCGCUGGUGAAAAAUCAUGAGUGUAUCGUGAAUACAACCAAACGAAGAAGUGACAAAGUGGAAGGGAAAAGCCGUAUACAGAUUGUUGGUGAUUAUUCGGACAGUUUUUGUUACACAUCUUUUCAGCACAAACACCGUAGAACAGCAUUGCACUGUAAACUCUACACUUUCGGAAAUUUUGCCUACUUAAAGGAAUAUUAAUUUUACAGUGUUUUCUGCUUCAAGAUUUGGACAUAUAUAAUUUUAUGCGCGACGUUGCAGUGAUGAUAUAAAUGCAUAACUCAGCAGUGCAGUUGCAGCGGCCGUUGACGGAAACUAGAAGCCUCUUACAACAGCAACUGCAAAAAUUAUAUACACCUGGGAUUGAGUCAAAUAAGUAAUGAAUGAGAAAAUAAAAUCACCCUCUGGGCAGGGUGGUGCCGCUGGCGGAGGAGGGGUAGGCCCACCAACCGGACCCAGUGGUCCAGUUGGAUCUGGCAGUACUGGCAGUAGCGGUAAUGGUGGGCCAGGUGCUGGUGUCCCCGGUGGUCCAACUCCACUUAAUUCAGCCAUAGGCGGUGGUCCACCCAGUGGUGGUCCACCGGCGCCUAAUAACGGUAAUGAUCCACAACAACAUACAAUUCCGCAUUCAUAUGGACCACCUGGCAGUGAUCCAGUUGCUGCAAUAUCACAUUAUCAUAUGCAUCAACAGCAGCAUCCACAACAACACUUGUCUCACCAGCAGAGUGGCCCCGGAGGCCCUGGAGUCCCACAAAACCCCGGUGAGCAUCCACAAAAAGACGAAUACGGUCAAGGUCCUUUGGGUGGACCGCCACCUCCACCUACUGGUGGACACCAUCCCGUUUACGGACGAUAUCAUCAUCCAGAUCCAAAUAUUGAUCCAUACCGCUAUGGGCAUUCGCCUAUGCAACAGCCACCUCCUGGAGGCAAACCGCAACAACAACCGGGACCGCCGUCUGGACCGGGUGGCGGUAUAGCCUCUCCCAGUCGACCACCACAGCAAAGAUAUAUUCCCGGGCAGCCACCGCAAGGUCCUACCCCCACAUUAAAUUCUUUAUUACAAUCGUCACAUCCACCGCCGCCACCACAACAUCGUUAUGCAAAUAGUUAUGAUCCRCAACAACAGCAGCAACAAGUGGCGCAACAGCAACAACAAGGCGGACCACAUGGACCGCCGCCUCCACCACAUCAACCAUAUGGAGCGCAACAAGGAUGGGCGCCACCACCACGUCCAUAUAGCCCACAAUUAGGACCGUCGCAGGCCUAUCGAACGCCACCACCG